AUGGCAGCGGGCAUAGAGGAAGAGGACUCACACAUGGAGGAGCUGGUGGACCAGGGUCUGGGGAUGGAGGAGACGGCCCACGGCCUGCUGAGGAGGCCCUCGCUGAAGGAGAGCUACCACAGUGACUCCCUGCUGGCACCAGACACUGACUUCAUGACAGAUGACCGCAGCUCUGCAGCCAGUGGCCUGGACGUGGCCGACCGGCUGACCUACCUGGAGCAGAGGAUGCAGAUGCAGGAAGAUGAGAUCCAGCUGUUGAAGAUGGCUCUGGCUGACGUCCUCAAGAGGCUCAACAUCUCCGAGGAGCACCAAGCUGCGUCCUCUAGCAGGAGAUCAUCGGGCGCUAAAGCCCGGCCUGUGUCUCUCGCUCUGCCCUCCAGAACGCCCAUGGUGACCCCCGGUGCUGCCUCCCUGAAGAAGAGCACCACGCUGCCCUCCAGCUCCACAGCCAGGAACUACAGCCCAACACCGCCCCGCAGUGGUGUGAAGAGCCCUCCAGGUAGUGUGAAGGACAGUCCAUGUAAGACCACUCAACGACCCACCUCUGCAGCCUCCACCUGUAAGAAACCAGAAAGCAGCAAGUCCAAGGAGGCUGCAGUAAGUGCAGGGGCAAGGCGUGUGACACACUGCAAAGUGACUAUGCAGAUCUAUCUGAGCCCCCUCGCAAGAAAGACUGGAUCUUCUGAGACGGCCAAAUCUGCAGCAUCGGUGGCUGCCAACAGCGGGCCCACGGCAGCACCCAACAACCCUCAGGCAAAGAGGGGCAGCAAGCCAGAGACGAAGAAGACAAACCCGUCCUUCACCUUAAACCUGCAGAAAACAACAACGAGCCAGAGCACGCAGCAGGACACAUCCAGCUACAAGAGUCCCCUUAAAUCGCCCAGCCAGUACUUUCAGAUUUGUUACUGAGGCAGAAGGAUGAAGAUGUUUCAAUUUUGUUCUUUGCUGUCAAGUUUGCUGAACCAAAACAAAUCGUUAAAAGCCUCAAACAACCAGUUGAACAGAAAAUGCAAGUAAAGACUUUCUUAAAAUGAUGAGAAAGUAAGAAAUGAAUUUAAAAUGAAGAUGAGUGCACUUCUGACAUGAUUUUCCUCUGUAGUCGAUCCGGACUUUAUUGCUUUUGGGUGCAACAUGAGCACUUACAGCAUUUCAAAAACAUUUACAAGUUUCAGUAGCUGUCAAUACAGUGCUGUUGGCAUGAUUAUUUAUUUAAAGGAUAGUACAGUGUGAAAGCUUUAAUGCAUUUUAGCCUCCUCUGACACCACAGUAGUUAUAGAUCUGUUUCUCAUGUCUGCGUAUUGUUUCACUGAAUGCCUGUGUGUACCUAAACGUUCUCUCUUAUGUGAAGUCUGUCAGGCGAGGAUGUGCGUCUGUAGUCGUCUUUGAGCAGUGUUUGACGUCAGUGAGUGUGCCGCUGAGUCCUUCCUGUGUGCUGUGAUCCUUCUAGUUGUUGUCUAGUUGAUGUUAAGCAUAAUUUAAAUGCAGUGUAUACCAGAAUCAGUCCAAGCGGCUCAUUCUAGUUCAGGACAAACAAUAAAAACAA